UCGUGGUCGUCGUCGUCGUUUCACCAACUCCACCGUAUACAUUCGAAUAGCUCAUAGUCCACAGAGAACGUCGCUUCACCAAUGCAAGGACUACUCGGAGGCGCAGACUGUUCGGCAUCGAGCAACCCGCUCAACGGGAUCCUCAAGCGGGAGGGCGUGGACAGGAGCUUGAUCAGGGAUAGGAACUCUGCUGGAUCACCGGGUUUGGCGGGCGGAGUCGGUCAGCCCGCCCGUCAACUGCCCUUCAGAGCGACCUCCGACCGACCCGCUUUCUCCCCCGGUCCCGCUCCACAAACUCAGGCCAGAUCAACCGUACAGCAACCCCAAGCAUCGGGAGUGAACAACUGGGCGAGCUCGUUCCAGCCACAAACACCACAACACGCACAACACUCACAACCUGGGUUUCGACUGCCACAUCAUGCCCGCCCCAUGGGGAUGGGGAUGGGGGAUAUGGAGACGGCCUUUCAAUCAGCCCUGACCUUCAACCAACAACGACAGGGUCCUUCUUCCCGGGUCCAAGGCCAACCUCUACAACAGCCAUCAAAGGGUUCGGCGUGGAUGGGGGAUUAUGACAAGUUUUCCGCUCAAAGCCAGGGUCAGGGUCAGGGGAAGGGUAAAGGGAGGGAGGUCGAGGUCGAUUUUCAGCCGGGUUAUCAGAAUCAGAAUCAGGGUCCAGCGAUGGGGAUGGGGAGCGGGUAUUACCCUUCCGGGAUGGGAACAGGGAUGGGAAUGGGGAUGGGAAUGGGGAUGGGGAUGAUGCAUUCCAACCUGGACCCUGGGAUGGGGAUGACCAUGUGCCUAGGAGGGUCGUAUGGGCAACAGACGAUUCACCAGCCUCAAUAUCAACAAGGACAUGUUCAAGGUCAAGGUCUAGGGGAAGACUUGUUCGAUGAAAAGGAUCUCGAGAGGGCUUUUGAAGAGGUGGAGAAGGAGGCUCGGCUAGAGGCGCCGGAGGGGAAGCAGGAGGGGGAGGAAGAGGUGCAGGUCAAGGGAAAGGGGGGUGAUUUCGAAGCCGUCUGGGAAUCCAUCCGACCCGAAACCUCCCAUUUGGAUCACCUCGCGCAGUGGGAAAAAGAAUUCUCCCAAUUUUCCAACAAAGACAAACAAGACGACGAUGGUGACUUGUUGGAGGAAAAGGAGCACGCCGCCGAGCUCGACUUUGACUUGAACGAGUAUAUGAAGGACGUCGAUGCGAGAGAAUGGGGUGGGGAAGAGAUGAUGGGGCAGGAAAAGAUGAGGUUUGGGGAGGAUGGGUUUCCGGUCUUGGGCGAUUAUGCGUUUGACCAAGAUAACCCGAACAAGGACGACCUACAGGCCCUGGGUCGUGCGCUGGACAUGUUGAACAAUAACGGAGCGUUGAGCGAAAUCGCUCUCUUGCUCGAAUCCUGCUUGUCCUCGCAUACCACGGCCGAACAAGUCUCCAACCUCUCGAUCGACGGCUUGCAGGACAAGCCAGGGUCGAUGGAAGCCAAGAUCAAGGCUGGAGGCGAGGCCGCCGUAUGGACGUUGUUGGGUAUGGUACAGGCCAUGGACGAGAAGGAAGCCGCGGCGGUGAGAGCUUUGGAAGAGGGGAGGAAACGGUUCGAGGCUAUGGGAAGCAGGAGGAACGGGCCUGGUGGGGAGAGGAGCAAGCUGGGAGACGUCAUGAUGGGUGAGGGGUUGGUGGCUUUGGCAAUCUCGUACACGAACGAGUCCUACGACCACUCUUCGCUGUUAUCGCUACAUCGCUACCUCUCGCUGCUUCAUCCGGAAUAUGCCGGUUCCGUACCCGAAGAGCAAAACAUCUUUACCGACGAUCUGAGCGAUGAGAACGGAUUCAUCCCGAACCCCUGGUCGGCCAACCAAAAGUUGACAGAAUCGUUCCUCAACCUUGCUCGGGAUCAGAACCGGGCCGGCGUCGUCGAUGCCGACACGCAGGUCGGGCUGGGCGUCUUGUUCUACCAGACGGGAGAGUUUGAUAAAGCGAGGGAUUGCUGGGUCGCAGCGCUUGGGGUCAGGCCGAAUGACUUUUUGCUCUGGAACCGACUCGGAGCCACGUUGGCCAACAGUGGAAGCCCAGAGCAAGCCAUUGAUGCGUAUCGACGGGCUCUCGAGUUGCACCCGACGUAUACCCGAGCGAUCUACAAUCUGGGCGUUUCAUGCUUGAACAUUGGCGUUCAUCGUGAAGCGGCCGAACACUUCCUGGCCGCGCUAGCGUUACAUGAAACGCAAGACAAGCGUAGCAAUCCAAACAUUAGCACCGCGGGCGAGCAUCCGGCCAAUAACAGCUCGGCUCUAUGGUCGACACUCCGUCGGGCGUUUGAUGGCAUGGAACGGCCCGACCUGAUCGAAAGGGCUGUGCCGGGGACGGAUCUCGAGUAUUUCCGUCGUCAAGGUUUCGAGUUUUAGACGUUUCACCAUCCAUAGAGCCUCAUGUAACUCGCAUUUCUCAUUAAGGGUAGAAUCUCAAGAACCUGUACAAAUCGCAUUGCCAUACAACACG